GAUUCGUUCUCUGCGCGCGCUUUUCAGCUUCUUCGCCCGACGGCGGGGUGGCCUCGCGCGCCUCUUCCACUGACAGCGGCCUCAAAGCCAAUCACUCAGUCCUGAGGGAAGGAGGAGAGGGGCGCCUGCAUUCGGGCGGCCUUUGAAGGGGAAAAUGGCGGCGGCUGCUGCUGCUGCUGCUUCCCCCGCAGACGGGGACGUUCAGCCAUGUAAAAAACGAAAAGAAGAUGAUCCUUCUAUUAAAGCAAUUACAAAAUAUUUUUCUCCUUUAGAAAAAAAUGUUGAUAGAGUGGCGUCACCUCCAAAGCCUAACAAUAUAAUGGACUAUUUUAAAAAAACAUCUCUUACAAACGAGAAGAUUGUUUCACCUGUAACAGAGAAAGAAAGCAAAACAACCAGUUUAUCUUUGGAAAAUUCUUCAAAAUCUUCAACAAGGCUUAAGCGAAGGGGAAAGAGAUGCAAUUUAACCAAUACGUUAAAAGAUGUGAAAACACUUGACGUAGUGAUAGAAAUUAAUAGCGAUGAUAGUAGAGAAAUAUUGAGUCCAGAGGAAAAAGAUCCUAAAGCUAGUUCCAUUAGUCCCAAUGUUUCUACAUUGCUUGGCCCCACAACUGUAGAAGAAACGUUAAAUGCUUGCAGCAAGAACCCUGUCAGCAUUGUUGGCUUCAAAAAUCAAGAAGAAAAAAUUAAGAUGGAGGGAGAUAAAAUAAAGGCUAAUGUAAAAAGAUCAAAGAAAAGGAAGCAUAAAGAUGAGAGUGACUUGUCUGAAAGUUUUGUCAUUGAAACCCAACACAAGGAUCUGUAUAAAGUGGUUGAUGAGAAGCAAGUUGUUAAUGAAUAUGAGAAUAAAAACUCAGUAAACAUUCAAGAUAAUGACACUAGUGCUCAUGAGACACCACAAGUAAAUGACAAUACUGUGACUAUAUCAUUUGAGGACUUUCUAAAAAGUCAAGGAGAAAAUAAAGUUGAUCACAUUCCAAAAGCACAAACAUUGGAUAAUUGCAUUGCAUGUGAUGAAUCAGACAAAUGUGAAGAGAUUCAGCAGUUACCACUUAAGAAAGUCACUGUCCUUGCACAAAUCCAUUCUGUCCCCCCAAAAUCUUCUUCUCAGAAAAUAGCCUCAAUUUUUUUAAAGCAGAAACCCAAGAAAGUUAAAAGACAAAGCAGUCCAUCAGCCUCAGAGGCGGAAGUUACUGAACACAUGACUCAGAAAAGAAAAUCUAAUGUGGUGAUAGCAGAAGAAGAGUUAGAACUGGCUAUAUUGGAAACUUCAGGUUCAGAGGCUGCGAAGUCUAAGUGCACUGAAGAAGAAAGGUACCAGUUUAUGAAAGCUUUUAAACAACCAGAAUCUGAAACCUUGAAGACUGCAGCUAAAAGGGGGUCUGGUAAGCAAAAGGAAGCAGGAGGAAAAUCUUUAAAACACAAUCUGGAAAUGGAAGAAAGUGAGGAUGUUUCUAAUGAAAAGCUAGAAAAUGAAGUAUCAACUGUUAAUACUAACAGCAGUUCCCAUGAUAAAGAUAGCAAAAAUGACAGCGGCAGAGUAAGAAGUGACAAGCUCAAGAGGAAAAAGAAGAUACCGAAAACAAAUGAGAAAGAUUUAAAUAUAAAUACCAACCAGAAAGGUGAAGUUAAUGAUGAAAUUAAAGCAGGGACAUCAAAUGAGAUUCGCAACAAACUAACUCAGAAAAAUAAGGGAUUGAGGAGAAGUCCACGACAAAAAAAAGACAAAGAUAUGAUACAGUGUACACCAGAAAAAGCAGAGAUUACUGAGGCUGUUACAGAAAGCACACCACCUGCUAUCCCUCUGCAGGCUUCAACUCCAAAAACAAACAACAGGAUGCUUAGUAAAAGUAAUCUGUAUAAAGCUGAGAUGAUUAUUGAAUCUUUGGAUUCAAAGAGCCCAAUAAGGAUGAAAUUUACCAGAAUUAGUAUAGCUGAGCGAUUUAUGAAACAGAAUAUAAAGGUGAACACCAACUCUAACAACAUGUCCAAAGCAAAGAAAUUAGUUGAGAAAGCUAAGGUUCUACAACAUAACCGAAAAACCAGGAUUGUUGAAGAUACAUUACAUACACCUUUGAGACGUUCAUCUAGACAGCAGGCAAUCGCUGAUAGGAAAAGGUCACAGAACAUGGAAGAUUCAGUAAUUAUUUUGGAUUCAUGCACAAGCAAUAUCGCUACUGCUGUAGGAAGUGUGGACAAACAAAGGAAACUCCAAAAUCUGAAUGAUGUAUUGGGGAAAAAGGCUGGAAAUGUGAAGGCAACAAAGAAAUCAAAUGGGAAAGAAAACAUAUCUUCCUUACAAAGGAAAAAAAUCAAGAAGCCUACAGAGGAAGAAGCGAUUACCAUAUUACAUGAAAACAGUGAAGAUGAUUCUGAAAAUUCUCAAGAUGAUAAGCAAUUCAGAGCAAAACGUGAAUUUUUAAUGAGUGGUUUGCCAGAGUCUUUAAAAAGGCAAAUUACAAAGAAGGCAGCAGCACUGGAAGCAUAUUCCUUAGCUAAUUCCUGUUUUCGGACAGUUGUUCAUGUGCAGCAGAAGGAUGAGGGAUGUUUGAUGUGGAGGUUGAUGUUGCCUUCAUGCCCUCUCUUAACUAACUUAAGAGAAGUGGAUUUGGAUGUAACUGAUGUCGCAAAACUCACUUUUUCACUUGGUGAAUUUUCAGUUUUAAAUGCACAGCCUCACAACACUGAUUCUCAAAUGACUGUGCCAUCUGGAUGGCGACCUGCAUUUUCUGAUGCACAAAAGAACUGUUUGUUGGAGGAGAUUCAGUGUUGCAACAUGCAUUUUCCUGUGAAACAAUUUUUUGAUUUAAUCAUGAAAAAACAAGCUGCUCCUGAAAAAAAUAAACAAGUAAGCAUAUGUGAAGUUGUAAAUCCUGAAACAAGCAAAAAAACUGAUAAUCGGAAAAAAGCCAAAAGAAAACGGCAAACUGAAGAUCACAAAUCCAGAAGAAGGAAGCCAAUGGAGAACACAGAGAUUGACUUGCUAAAUAAAGUUUCCAAAGUAUUGAAUGUAAAGCAGGCUGGCAUGGAAAAUACAAGCCACAUAAUAGAUACGCAUGAGAUAGAAGAGUCGGAAACUCUAACAAUAGAAGACUCUGACCUUGGAUCAGAAGUUAGUGCUGUGUCUGAUUUUACACAUGAAGACAUCCUCUGGACAGAAAAAUACCAGCCACAGAACUCCAGUGAACUUAUAGGCAACACUAUAGCAAUUAAAAAGCUACACAGAUGGCUCUGUGAAUGGAAAAGAAGAGCUGAUUGGGAAGAAAAGAGAAAUCAAAAAGAAGAGAGUGACAAUCCACAGGAAUCCUCGGACAGCAUGGAUUUCCAAGAUGACAAAUCGGACAGUGAGGAUGAAACUAUGCUAUGUAAUACUAUGCUACUUAUUGGUCCCCCAGGCAUAGGCAAAACUGCUGCAGUUUAUGCUUGUGCGCAGGAGCUCGGCUUCAAGAUAUUUGAAGUUAAUGCAUCUUGCCAGCGCAGCGGGAGACAAAUUCUGUCUCAUCUGAAGGAAGCUACUCAGUCUCAUCAGGUGGACAAACAAGGUGUACAUGCUCAUAAGCCAUCCUUCUUUAACAGCUAUAGUAGCAGUAAAUCACCAAAAAAAAAUUCUCCCAGAACAGACUGGUCUCCAAGGAAAUCUCCAGUUUCACCCAGGAAAGUUGGAUUAAAACAAGGUUUGGCUCCCAGAACACUAGCAAACUAUUUCAAAAUUUCUUCCAAGCCUCCAAAUAAGGAAGAAAAUGCACAAGGAAGCAACAAAGAAAAUAAGGAAACCUUAUCUGGAGAAAAUACACAGACAAAAUCAGUAAAGGGGGAAAUCAAAGAAGAUGAAUCAAGUAAAAAAUGUGCAACUUCUCUUAUCCUCUUUGAAGAGGUUGAUAUAAUCUUUGAUGAAGAUGUUGGUUUUCUAAAUGCAAUAAAGACAUUUAUGACAACUACCAAGAGGCCUGUAAUUCUUACUACUAAUGAUCCAUCAUUUGGUUUAAUAUUUGAUGGCUGCUUUGAAGAAAUCACUUUCAGCACACCUUCCUUGAUAAAUGUUGCCAGCUACCUCCAAGUUCUCUGUUUGGGUGAGAACUUAAGAACAGAUAUAAAAGAUUUUGCUGCCUUGUUAACUUCAAAUAAUUGUGACAUCAGGCAGAGUAUUCUACACUUACAGUUCUGGGUUAAGAGUGGUGGUGGCUAUUUGAAAGAAAAAGGGUUGGCCCUACAAGGGCAAGGGAAAGAAACAAGUGGCACAGAACAGGGUGUUUGCAUCAAAGAACCAACCACCACCAAGAUCAGGAAUCCUGAACCUCUUGUGAAGAUUCCCAAAUGUAACACUGGCUGCAUUGAGAACAUACUUGGCCUUACAAACAUCUUUUUGCCUUCAGAAGAUCUGUUUUCAUUUCUUAAGAAUGCAAUCACAACAAAGGAAGCGUGGAAUAAACUGAUACAUCUGCUCACAGAAUUCCAGAGGAAGAAUAUAGAUUUUAUUUAUAGCAAUCUUGAAAACAUUUUACCUUUACCUGUUAAUAUACUUCCAGAACCAAUGCAUAUGCCUAAUCUUUUAGAUAAGAACUUUACAAAAAGCUCAUCAAAUAAUGGACCCACUGACAGUGACUGCUUGGGGGAAGCUAGUCCUGUGAAAAAGACUAAGCAGACAAAGUGCCGGAGGAGGAUAGUUAUAUUGGAUGAUAGUGAUUUAUUUGAGAGUGAAUUAAACUAUUCUGGAUUCAUUACUGUGCCAUCUGACACAAAUGGCUCAUGCUUAGAAGAAAAACCUGAGCGCACAAGCACAGUAGCAUUGAAUGAUAAAGCAAAAGCAAAAGACUGUGCUCUUACAUUCCAGUGUCUAAAUUCACUAGCUGAAUUUGUUGACAAUAUGUCUCUCUCAGACUCUUGCUUCAGCUUCAGGACUCAGGCAUCAACACAGUCUUGUAAGUACGAGGAAUUUAUUUGGACAAAAGGAAAGAUAAAAAAUGGUCUAUCUGAUGAGUUUAGUAUGGAGGAUACUGACUGGUGGAGGUCCCAAAGCUCUAUUGAACUGAAAGCAACAAUGGAGGCACUAAAUUUUAAUAAAUGCUUUAAGAAUAUUUCAAAAAUAAAAGAAAAUGCAUUGAACACUGCAAGAACUCCUAGGAAGAAUGAAUUGGAAGAUGUUCCCCUCCAUAUUUCAAAAGACCAACCCAAUUUAUACUUUGGCCAGCAAGCAGCUAAUACAAGAAUUCAGCAUAAUGCACAAAAGAGGUUAGAAUUGAUUGAAACUGUGUUUUCUGGUAGAAGCCUUCUAAAUUAUACUAACAGACAAGCUAGUGUAAUGGAAUACCUGCCAACUCUCCGCAACAUCUGCAAGUCAGAAAAGCAGAAAGAACAGGGGAGAACAAAAAGAAGGUUUCUUCACUACCUUGAAGGAAUUCAUCUUCCCAAAGAAAUUUUGAAUAGUUUGGCAACAGACUUCCCUUAAAAUAAAUCCCAAUAGUGACUUUGUACAUGUAAAAAACAUUACUGUAUAUUCAAAGUGCUUGUUUAUAUUUUGAUAUUUUUAAAGUAUUUAAAUAACAGACUAUAUAUAUCUUCUGUCAAGGUGCUUUUCAUAUUCUAAAUAAUUUCCCUGCAAAACUGCACAUAUGUAUGCAUAAAGAUCAACAUGAAACAAAGGCAGCAGAAACAGCUGUGCAAGUGCCUUUUCUAUACUGAUAUUACUGUAGGGUCAUUAGGAAUAUUUAAAUCCAACCUUGUAUCUUUUAUUUUCAUACUGUGUGUUUUAUUUUUACUAUUGCUUCACUGAAUUUUCCUUGGCCAAAUUUAUGUAUCUGCAGUGAAAUAAUAAAUAUGUGGAUUUUUGUAAUUUCUUGCAAGGUGACCUUUUAGGCAUGAAAACAUGUUGUGUUUUGUUCUGAUGAACUGUUCUUAUAUUUUAGGAUGUUACCCAUUUAAAUGUGAAAAUGUUUACAGUAAACCCUUGGUAUCUGCUGGGGUUUGAUUCCAGGAUCCCCCUUGGAUUUUUAAGUCCUGUUCAAUACAAUGGAAUAGUACAAUGGUGUGCCUUAUAUAAAAUUACAAAUUCAAGGUUUGCUUUUUGGAAUUUAUAUAUUUUUAACCUGUGGAUGUUUGAAUCUGUGGAUAAAUAAAUCCAUGGGUACAGAAAGCUGACUAUACUAUA